GAGGAUCACACGAAUCGUUGUGACGGUCGCACAAGUGCUCUCCAAGCCAAUGGAAAAAGUGCAUCUGAGAAAGACUCGCUACAAGGACAGCAGUGAGGCAGCAGAAGGAGCAGGCCCCUCGGAGGAAGAGGUCACCAGGUGGUGGGGCGAGUGGAACUCCUGGUCCACCUGCUCCCGGACCUGCGGGGGGGGAGUGACGUCCCGGGAGAGGCACUGCUUGCGGCAAAGGCUUCACCUCUCCCAGGGCACAAACAGCACCAUGUGCGGGGGCCAAGCCAAGCACUACCAGCUGUGCCAGCAACAGCCUUGCCCGGACAACACGGCCAGCUUCAAACAGCAGCAGUGCUCCACCUUCAAUGCCAAGGCCUUUGGGAAGCACUAUUAUCACUGGACCCCUCUGUACCCAGACGAUUACACCAGCAUCUCCAACAAGCCCUGUGAUCUCCAGUGCACCACCAGGAGUGGAGAGAGGCAGCUGAUGGCCCGCGCCCAGGAUGGCACAUCCUGCAAAGACCGGACGUACCAGGGCGUCUGCAUCAACGGCAAGUGUGAGCCGGUUGGGUGCGACGGGAGCCUCUACUCAUCCCGGACGAUGGACAGAUGCCGGGUGUGCGGAGGGGACGGAAGCACUUGCUACCGGGUCUCGGGCAGCUUCCGAAAAGGGAUCUCACAGUUAGGCUACGUGUUCAUCACGAACAUCCCUGCUGGCGCCACGGACAUUCUCAUCAUCGAGCGCCGGAAGACAGAGAACAUCCUGGCACUGGCAGAUGAAUCUGGGCGCUUCUUCUUCAACGGGAACUCGGCCAUCGACAAUCCCCAGAACUUCCGGGUGGCUGGCACCGUGUUCAAGUACCGCCGCCCUUCCAGCCUGCACGCUGACGGCCUGGAGUACAUCAUUGCCCAGGGCCCCACCAAUCAGUCUCUGAAUGCCAUGUACUAUAACUUCAAUGGGAAAAUGCCCCACAUCACGUAUGACUACACCGUGCCGCACGUGCCCUGGCCAGCUCUCCGAACCGCGCCCCCCGCCAUCGACACACCUUUCUACCUUCACCUGCCAGACUCCAGCCCCAAACAUCCCGCUCCCGUCACAGCAGACUCCGGGGCCAGGCGGGAUUUCAAUGCCACUUGGCUCGCUCUCUCGCCGGAUGAUGUCAGCAACCGGUUCCCGCCUGGGGAAGAUCAUGGAGACCUGCGCUUCAACGGUCAGGACUUCUUCCAGAGUAACUCCUCCGCUCAGGCCGGGCCCUGGGGCUGGGGCCGGGGGGAAGAGGAAGAAGAGAGGUUUGGCUUCCGGAUCAGACAAGUCUACCGUGCGAACGGAGCGGGCGAGGAGGCGGCGGCAGUAGGUGGAGACACAGAAUUGGCCCCCAGCUUAAAUCAGCUCCCCAUCAGCACAGCCAUGCCCUACAGCGUGAUGAGGCCCGCGCUGCCGGAGAGCAGCAGGAUCGGGGCAGCCAGGCUCCGGCUCUUCAGGAGAUGGUGUCACCGGGACCCACAAAACGCUGCCUUUUGCAGGGAACUGCAGCCCCUGGCGGCCAAGCUGGGCUGGAAGAAUUCGACUGCGGGGCUGUGGAACGGGCUGGCGGCCGCAUGGCCGCGCAAAGGGCCUGCCCAUAUGAACUUGCUGGAGAGCACGAGGGCAGAGGCUUACGCAGAGCGCCAGGAGGAGGCAGCUCACUACGGUUCCAACACAAGCCUCCCCACUGACCAGGCAGAACCGCUUCAGGCCCCUGGCCCUGAAAGCAACGAGUUUGAGGUGAGCCCCCUGGGCCAUGAAGACAUCAGCCUGGCCGACAUGUACCGGUGGAAGGUCUCCGCCUAUGCUCCCUGCAGCUCCACGUGCACUGCAGCAGGCAUCAGCACCUCCUAUGCCAUGUGCGUCCGGUACGAUGGCGUGGAAGUAGAGGAAGCGCACUGUGACGCCCUGACCCGCCCAGAACCCACUCACGAGUUCUGCACGGGGAGAGAAUGCCAGCCCAGAUGGGAGACCAGCCGCUGGAGCGAGUGUUCCCGGACCUGCGGGGAAGGCUACCAGUACCGGACCGUGCGGUGUUGGAAGAUGCUGGCUCUGGGUUUUGACAGCUCUGUGUACGACGAGCUGUGCGAGUCGGCUGGGCUGGCCAGGCCCAUGGAGAGGAAAGCGUGCAAGAACAAGGCCUGUGGGCCGCAGUGGGAGCUCUCGGAGUGGUCGGAGUGCUCCGCGCGCUGCAGCAGCCCGGGCCUGAUGAAGAGGGAGGUUCGCUGCUCCGUGGAGCCAGACCUCUGCGACGAGGCCCUGAAGCCUGUCAGCGAGAAGGCGUGCACGGGCUCCCCCUGCGACCGGCACUGGAUUGCCUCUGACUGGGGACCGUGCUCAGGGUCGUGCGGCAAGGGGCGGAUGAGCCGCGUGGUCGUGUGCCGCAACCUGGAGGGGAAGGUGAUCUCGGACUCCCAGUGUGACCCGGCCGUCAGGCCCCUGGCUGUCUACCCCUGCGGGGACAAGAACUGCCCCGCACAUUGGGUGGAGCAGGAGUGGGACCAGUGUGAUGCCAGCUGCGGCCGGGGGGUGAAGACCAGGACCGUGCUGUGUGCCAGCCUGGAGAAUGGCGUGUACAGAGAGUAUCCAGAGACGCGCUGCAAUGGCUCCCACAAACCCGAGGUGCAGGCCACCUGUUUCAAGAGGCCUUGCUCUACGUGGUUCACCACGUCCUGGUCUCAGGUAGGGCGAGCGAGGGAGAGGGUGGGGAGCGCAGGGCCUGGCAAAUGCCCAGGAGAAGGGACGACAGGCCCACACCCCACAGUGCUGCAGCGACUGCCCGGGCGGCUGAAAGUCGGGGGGAAUUGCUGCGCUCUCGUCGUGCCUCGGUCUGUCUGGACCCACCAACCCGAUUCCUUCCAGCUGUUGGGGCAGGCUGGACCUACUCACAUCCCUGAGGCGCUGAGUACAGACCUAGCAGGUGUAGGGACGCCAGUUACCCGUGUGCUGGGUACUGGCAAGCAGCUCGGUGACCGUCUCCCUUGGGUGUCAUUCCCCAGAGAGCAGGAUGCGCACCCCGGCCCUCCAGGAGCCAACUUUCUUCCUGCCUUACAAUUGAAUGGAAUCGGUGCGGGUUUAUGCGAGUGAACGGGGCCAGGCUGAUAGCCCCGGGGACGAGAAACCUGUUUGGCCUCACAAGGGGCAGCAACGGAGCAAGCGCCCUCCGUAACCCACCCAUGUGCCCCAGCCUGGCCUUUCAAGGCCUCUCCUCCGGAGAGGAGACAAGGAGCUAAGUUUCUCAGAUCAUUCUAUAUCUGGCAUUUCUGCUGUGUUCUCUCCCCACUCCCCCCGAUUCAGGGCCAGCCCGAGCCAUUGUGGCGCCCCGGGACCGGGUGCACGGUGCCACCCCCGGGCACACGGCGCAUGCACGGGCCCGCCCCCCUGGGGGGCACAGGCCCACCCCCCUGGGUGCACAGCGCAUGCGCUGCCCAGCCCAGCCCAGCCACCGCUGCUAGCAUGCAGCCUGGGGCGGGCCGUGCCUGGCCAUACAGGGCCCCACGGCUGUGGGGGGAAGGGCGCUGCUGGCCGGUGCCACAGGGAUG